AUGUUCCCUCGGGCGCUGCGAGGGGCCGGGAGCCGGGAGCCAGCAAAGAGGAGCUCUCCGGGGUCGGGUGACCAAGGGCAGCGCUGGACUGAGCGCCGGGACCCGCCGGGCAGCGAGCUCAUCCUCUUGUUUUCCUUAACUUUAGCUGGAUUUCUCCAUGUUUCCAACAGGAAGAUUGUAGGGAAAAUAGAUGAGGAUGGAGACGGGUUUGUGACGGUGGAGGAGCUCAAGGCCUGGAUCAAGUUUGCCCAGAAGCGUUGGAUUUAUGAGGAUGUGGAGCGGCAGUGGAAGGGCCACGACCUCAACGAGGACGGGCUCGUUUCCUGGGAGGAGUAUAAAAAUGCCACCUAUGGAUACAUCCUGGACGACCCGGACCCCGACGACGGCUUCAACUACAAACAGAUGAUGGUGCGGGACGAGCGGCGCUUCAAGAUGGCCGACAAGGACGGGGACCUGGCGGCCACCAAGGAGGAGUUCACGGCCUUCCUGCACCCCGAGGAGUACGACUACAUGAAGGACAUCGUCGUGCAGGAAACCAUGGAGGACAUUGACAAGAACGGUGACGGCUUCAUCGACCUGGAGGAGUACAUCGGUGACAUGUACAGCCAGGAUGGCGACGCUGACGAGCCCGAGUGGGUGAAGACGGAGCGGGAACAGUUUGUGGAAUUCCGAGACAAGAACCGGGAUGGGAAGAUGGACAAGGAGGAGACCAAGGAUUGGAUCCUGCCCUCGGACUACGACCACGCCGAGGCCGAGGCCCGGCACCUCGUCUACGAGUCCGACCAGGACAAGGACGGGAAGCUGACGCGGGAGGAGAUCGUGGACAAGUCGGACCUGUUCGUGGGCAGCCAGGCCACGGACUUCGGGGAGGCGCUGGUGCGGCACGACGAGUUCUAGGCCUCGCCGGCACUGCUCAGGGCUGCGCCCGCGCCCAGGCCGCUCCCGCCACGGGAAACCCCAUCCCGGCGCCCGGGGAUGGGGCUCAGGAAAGCCACACCCUCCCCGGCACUCGGGGCUCCUCUCGUGGGUUUUCCUGGGAUUUUAACGACUUUUGGGUUAUUUUUGUAUGUUUUGGUUUUACCACGUGUGGAAACGGCUCCCCCGGCACGGGGGCAGCGACGGGGCCGCCCGGGGCAGCGGGGAAUUCACAGCGGGAUUGGGACUGGAGGUGGAAUAAAAGUUGGAAUUGGAGUGAAAGUUGGCAAAUUGGAAUUGAAAUUGGAACUAAAGUUGGAAAUGGAAUUAAAAUUGGAAUUUGAAUUGAAAGUAAAAUUGGAAUUAAAAUUACAAUUGGAAUUAAAGUUGGAAUUGAAACUAAAAUUAGAAUUAGACAUUAAAAUGAAAAUUGGAAAUUGAAAUGGAAUUUGAACUUGGGAAGUGAAAUCAAAUUAAAUGGAAACAUUGACGUGAAAUUGGAAUGAGAAUUCAAAGCCCCCAAAAAACCCCAAAUCCAUCAGAGCAGCAGCAGGACCCCGGGAGGUUCCGGGGGGCACCCGAGGGGACCCCAGGGGAGGUGACCCCGGGGUGUGGGAACCCCCCUCCCCCAUCGUUGCCCCCCAGGAUCUGGCCAGGCCCCCCCGGCCCCACUCCAAGUGCCUUGAAUCCCCCAAACCCGGGCUGGGGGGGGGCUCAUCCAGCCAUCCCACCCCGCUCUGGGAUAAUUCCCAGUGUUUUCCCUCUUCUGUGUCGUUUGUCCCUGCCCGCAGCUCCCGGAGCUGUGUGAAGUUGGUCUGGCCGCCCCCAGAUUCCUGGGUUUUCCCUUAAAUUGUUUUCCAAGGGUUUCCAAGUGCCGACUGGAUCCUCCCUCCUCCUCCUCUUCCUCUUCCUCCUCCUCCUCCUCCUCCUCCUCUCCCACCUCCCCAUCCCUAAAUCCAGGGGCGAGCGGUUUGGGAACUUGUCCCCGCGCUGGGCUCAGGGAUCUGGGAAUGCGGGGGGUGGUUUGGGACACCAGGGAUGGUUUGGGACAGCAGCCACGAUUUUGGGAACACCAGGAAAGCUCCCCUGGCAUCACUCCCAGUGCACCCCUGUGGCCCCUCUCCUGCUUCCCCCAUCCAUGAGGAUUUGUGUCCCACUGACCGCUCCGGACACGGGUUUUCCGCCUGCUCCGGGUUUAUUCGGUUCUCUGCUCUGGCUGACUGAAGGGAUCCGGCUCGGCCGGGGCUCAAUAAACUGUUCAACCCCCUGGGCCGGGGGGCCAGACCCCA